UUCUCUCAGCCUUAUGGCGAAUUGGCGAUGAUAUCGGUCUUUACUUCGUAGUCUGUGGUCGUAGUACAGUAAACAGUCAGUACCUUAAAGUCAUCAACACCGUUAACUGUCGUAUUCGUUGACCCAUCGUUGACUCUCUACCUAAAUAAAUCCAGGAAGGAAAAGAUAAAGAAAACAAAAGGAAAAAUUAUUUGUAUAGAAAACGAAGGUAAGUGCAGCCUUCAGGAUGUCAGACAAGCCAGACCUACCAAAAUCCAAUACAAAUGCUGAAGCCUCCAAACAAAUUGAGAGAAUGAAAAAGCUGCGACAAUUACACAGUCGUCGAAAUGAGGCCCGCCAGAAAAACCAUCAAGAAGUUCUAGAGGAAAGUAAACGAAGCAAGCUACCUGCUAACUGGGAAGCAAAGAAGGCCCGUGCAGAUUGGAUUCUAGAGACUGAAGCUCAACGUGAAGAGGCAGCAAGACUUGGGAAAGACUAUUCCCGCAGCAAGCUGUUAGAAGUUGGAGCUGAUGAAGCUGAACGGAAAGAAAGAAGAAAUCAGAAAAAAAAUCCAGAUAAAGGGUUUGCAGAUUUUGAACAGGCAACCUUCCGUCAGUAUUCCAGGUUAGUUCAAGAUAUUAAACCUAACAUGGAAGAAUAUGAGAAGGAUAAAGCAAAUCUGGGAGAUGCCUUUUAUGCCGGAAAGAACACUAUUGUACAUGGGUUGCAUAAAGAUUCUCCGGAAGCGAUGAAUCGUAUGGUGGAAGACUUGCAUAAGCAAAUAGAAAAGCGUGAGAAGUAUAGUCGUCGCAGACGUCACGACGAUGAUGCCGAAAUUGAUUACAUCAAUGAACGGAACAUGCGCUUCAAUAAGAAACUGGACCGUUUCUAUGGGGAAUUCACAACAGAAAUUAAGCAAAAUCUUGAACGUGGUACUGCUAUUUAACGCAAACGCAAUGUGACUCCAUGAAAAAACAUUUCCGAAAAUACAGACCUUUAAAAACAA